AUGUCUCUCGCAGAUAGAUUGAAUCCUAUAUCAAAUGAGGAGGCUGAUGAAAUUAUCGCCAACGAAAAGACCGACUCCCCUACUUCGCAGGAAACUGAAAAUCUGGCCGAUGCUCUGUCAUCUGUUGCUCUGAACACUGACAAAAAGCCUGAGGCUGAAAAAAAGGAUACCAAGGAAGACUCUGAGGCUGAAAAAAAAGAUACCAAGGAAGACUCCGAGGAAUCAAAGCAGGACAGCAGCGAUGUUAGCGACAAAGAAUUAAAGGAAGAAAUCAGUAAUAUAGUUAAAAAUGAUUAUGAAGUCUCUGUCAAGCUCGCUGAUUUACAGGCCGAUCCCAAUUCCCCCUUGUAUUCUGUUAAGAAAUUUGAUGAACUUGGUUUAUCUGAGGAGCUCUUGAAGGGCUUAGUGGCGAUGAAAUUUUAUAAGCCAUCAAAGAUUCAGGAAAAGGCGUUACCCUUGUUGAUGAAGGAACCAUAUGUUAACUUUAUUGGUCAAAGUCAGUCAGGUACUGGCAAGACUGCUGCUUUUACUCUUAGCAUGCUUAACCGGGUCGAUGUAAACAACCCCAAAUUGCAAGCUAUUUGUCUUUCCCCUGCACGCGAAUUAGCUCGUCAAACUUUAGACGUCGUCGAAGAGAUGGCUAAGUUUACUAAGAUUACAACCAAGGUUCUUGUCCCUGAUUCAUAUGAAAGAAACGCCAAAAUUGAAGCCCAAGUCGUUGUUGGCACCCCAGGAACUAUGCUUGAGUUGAUUCGAAGAAAGAUGCUUGACACCAGCUCUGUGAAAAUUCUUGUUCUAGACGAAGCUGAUAACAUGGUUGGCCAGCCUUCCCUGAAAGAUCAGUCUAAACGUGUCAAGGCUGCCCUCAAUAAAAAGAUUCAAGUUGUUCUUUUUAGUGCAACUUUUGACGAUGAUGUUUACAAGUAUGCUCUUGAAUUUGUUCCUAAUCCAAAGAACGAAAUUCGUCUUAAGCAUACAGAACUGAACGUUAAGGAAAUCACACAGAUUUAUAUGGAUAUUGAUAAUGAGGAGGAACGCAUACAGGUUCUCACCGAUAUUUAUAGCUUGAUGACAAUUGGAUCUUCCAUUAUUUUCACAGCCACAAAGGCCACUGCAAACACUUUAUAUCGACGUAUGAAAACUGCUGGUCAUGCUGUUUCUGUGCUGCACUCAGAUUUGGAUACAGAGUCUCGUGACAAACUUAUUGACCAAUUCCGCAGCGGAGCUUCCAAGGUUUUGAUCACUACAAACGUUUUGUCUCGUGGUAUUGAUAUUCCUUCUGUUAACGUUGUCAUCAACUUCGACCUUCCUACUACUCGUGACGGCAAACCUGAUCCUGAAACUUAUUUGCACAGAAUUGGUCGUACUGGUCGUUUUGGCCGCAAAGGUAUUGCUCUUUCUUUUGUUCAAGACCAAAAGUCUUUUAGGACUCUACAGGCCAUUCAGAAUUACUUUGGUCUUGACCUCAUUAAGGUUGAUCACCAAGACCUAGAUAAGGUUGAGAAAGUUUUCAAAAAGGCUAUGAACUAA